GGUACGACGACAAAAUCUAUCAAUUCGCUAUUUAAAUAGUUCCCUGUACGUGCGAUUAAACGAUAGACCAAAGGUUAAGAGGUGUAAUCGAAUCUUAAUCGAUAAACAAAAUCUAAUUAUCAACUUCUGUAUUGUAUAUCCAAGGGUUUCUUAGUUUCUUCUGACUACCUGCGUGCAUGCGUACGUGUAUGUCCCUCGGUGGAAAUACUUGAUGACGCCGUGCUAGUACCGAUAUUCGUAUGUCGCAAAAUAUAACAUAACCUCUAAGUAAAAUGCUCGAGUUCUUAUCAGCAUCGUUUAAGGUUCCGUUCUUACGUAAAAUUUGAAUUUUCACGUUUUCGUGUCGAUUCGCAAACGCUCCAUUGAGUACAGCGCAACAUGAAAGUUAUUGUGAAGAAACUUAAAGGGAAAGAAUGUGUUGUUGACAUUACGCCUUCGGAUACAGUUCUACAGUUAAAGCACAAAGUUAGCGACCUAUUGGGCAUAAACGUUCCUCAGCAGAAACUUCUGCUCGCAGGGAAAACAUUAGCUGAUGAAAACCCUUUAAGCUUUUAUCCAGGAAUCAAAGAUGGGAUCAAGUUAAAUCUUUUGGUCGUUAAGAAAGCUGAGGAAGGGUCUACAGAGGGAAAGGCAACACAUCGUAAAUCAGGCACGGAUAUUCUACGAGACGAGAUGUCUAGAGUUCUAAGGCAUUAUUACACAGAGCCUGAGAUAGAGUUGAUAGUUAAUGAAUUGAUCAAAGAUCUGAAAUAUAAAGUGAAUAGCCUUAGUUUCGAUGACUUAGAACGAUUAGCAACAGCAUUACUUCAAGACCAAGAAAAUUUAGCUUAAGGAUACUUCGAUUUUCUAAUUCUGCUUAUUUGAUUAUUGUAACACACUUUUAUUUAAUUAAAACAUUGCCUCAUUACACCUUGUAACCAAUAGCGCAUUUGAAAUAAUUGUAAGGGGUAUGAGCGUGAAAAGAAACUAAAUUUAUCAAAAGAUCGGUUUUAUUAAAACAGACAAGUACAAUUAUAAUCGCACUUUAGAAAACAGAGUUUUAAGGAUCAGCCAUGUCUAGUUGUCGAAAGUAUCUUGCAACUAGACAUAUAAAUAAAUUCAAUGCCCCAAUUUCGUGUACUUCCAACGUUUUCUAAAAGAAAAAGAAAUACAUAAACUUAACAUGUGUAACUGAAGAAAUCAUUAUGAAAAGUAAAGCAACCAAUUUUUGUAUCUUCCUUUAAUAUGAAUUGUAAUUCCAUUUAUUUUUCUUUUAAACUAUUUCCUUGAAUUGUUCUACAAUUUAUGUCGAUGGCAAGUUUAAUACAUGAACAUGCAAUAAAAUUGAUUUGUUAAAAAAUAAAAAUUUA